CUCCCCCACCGAUCUCAUGUGGCCAUGGCGGAACCCGAGCUGCAGCUGGUGGCGCGGCGCAUCCGCAGCUUCCCCGACUUCCCCAUCCCCGGCGUGCUGUUCAGGGACAUCUCGCCCCUCCUGAAGGACCCCGACUCCUUCCGCGCCUCCAUCCGCCUCCUGGCCCGUCACCUGAAGACCACGCACGGCGGCAAGAUCGACUACAUUGCAGGCCUAGACUCCAGGGGUUUUCUGUUCGGCCCCUCUCUGGCCCAGGAGCUGGGCGUGGGCUGUGUGCUGAUCCGGAAGCGUGGGAAGCUACCGGGCCCCACUGUGUCUGCCUCCUAUGCACUGGAGUACGGGAAGGCUGAGCUGGAGAUCCAGAAAGAUGCCUUAGAGCCUGGGCAGAAGGUGGUGGUUGUAGAUGACCUGCUGGCCACUGGUGGAACCAUGUGUGCAGCCUGUAACCUGCUGAGCCAGCUGCGGGCCGAGGUGCUGGAGUGUGUGAGUCUGGUGGAACUGACCUCACUGAAGGGCAGGGAGAAGUUGGAGCCAGUGCCCUUCUUUUCUCUUCUGCAGUAUGAGUGACUGGGGACUGUUGCCCUUCUCCCACUCAGUAUCUCCAGCUGGACCAGACAAUGGCUCAGCCCCAGUGCCUUAAGUGACCUCCAGGGGCCACUAGCCACCCUUCUGACAUUGUCUUGUCAUUUCUCUGGCUAAGGAGUUCUGACAGUGCCAGUGUCCACCACCAGGGCCCUUCCUGCAGGUUCUAGAAGUGCCAAAGCCUGGAGCACAGACACCCCCACUGCUUCAGGCCCAGUCACCAGACAGCAAUUAUGAUUUGAGUAAAGAGCUUUGC